ACCAGAGACGUACAGCUCUAAGCCAAAGACAUCGUGCCUUUUCUGCAAAGAUGAAAAACAUCACAUUGCUCAAUGCUCUACAUUUGCUGGAAAGACUAUUGAAGAAAAGAAAGCCUUCAUUCACGAAACCCACCUCUGUUUCGGAUGUCUCAGAAAGGGACACAUGAGUAAAGACUGUAGAAGAAGACAUACAUGUGGUACGUGUGGUCGAAGUCAUCCUACCUGCUUACAUGAAGAAAGGGAUAAAGCUCCUUCAAAGGACCCUAAAGGGGCAUCUACGAAUGUUCAAGCAAGUGAGGAAGUUCAUAAAGUCAUGACCCACGCACUCACUCAAUGUUCUCCUGCUACUUCCAGCAUUGUGCCAGUUUUCAUCUCUACAGUGGACGAACCCCAAAGAGAAGUACUAACUUAUGCUCUACUCGACACCCAGAGCGACUCAAGUUUCAUCUUGGAAGAUCUUCUUGAAAGUUUGAAUGUUGUCUCACAACCUGUGCAAUUGAGGCUCAGCACCAUGACAGCUGCUGACACGAUCACUGCCAGUAAGAGAGUCUGUGGACUUAAAGUAAGAGGACUACAAUCUGCAAGUUCUAUACCACUACAGCAAGCAUUCACAAGAGACUUCAUUCCAGUGGACAAGUCGUAUAUUCCCACCAAGCACACAGCGCUUCAGUGGAGUCACCUCAGACACUUAGCAAGUCAGCUGUCACCACUUUUGAACUGUGAAGUCGGACUUUUAAUUGGAUUUGACUGCCCAUCUGCUCUAGCUCCCUUGGAAGCCAUUAUAGGUGGUGAAAAUGAGCCUUUUGCGCAAAAAACUGUGCUUGGGUGGAGUAUUAUAGGCCUGUCUAAUCCACCGUGUUGCAGUAAAGGAAAUACCUGUCCCAUCGCCCAAUGAUAUCCUGAAAAUUCUUGAGUCAGAUUUCAAUGAAAAAGCUUAUGAGGAUAAAUGUGUGUCACAAGAGGAUGUUCGUUUCAUACAGCACCUCAGUGCCAAUAUUCAU